UUUCUUUCUUUCCUUUUCUUGUCUUUUUUUUUUUUUUUUGUAAGAGAGGUAGCAGCCGAAAAACAAUAUCCAACGUGCGGUUGAACCAAAAAUUUCGGAAGUUCAAUCCAACUUCUUGAUGCACCCUAGGUACCUUUUUCAGAGUACGGAGGGGAAAAAUGAUAAAGGUAGGUAGACAUACCAUACCUGCCUUUUACCAAUUUCACGCAUACUCCGCCUAGGGGACGUUUUGGCUCAUAUAACAUAGUUGACAUGAUGUGUCGGUACGUGCGUUCAGAUCAUUUUAAACGUGGGAUAUUCAUGUCAGCGAUUGGAGUGUCAUGUACCGACAUGGCCCCAAGUGCCUUGUACAUAUUGGUUAUCUCCAGCAAUCGGCGGCCCGCUGAUUGUUUACCAAUAUCCAAGCGCCCUAGUUCCCGUGAAUGCGGCUAUGACCAUAUGAUAUAAAUUUUCUCCAUGGUAGGAAAUCAUCGCGGGUGAAUAAUCUUAUCUGAUCUCAUUUAUUGUGAAGUUACUGGUGAGAGUGGUGAGAACCCAGACGAGAGACCGUCCUCACCACAAGUUUUUAAUGAAAGUUUUUAAGCAAGGCAAGGAGAGAUGGUUCUGAAACCAAUGGCUGCCUUCGCCUUCCUGUUGACAUUAUGGACUGACAUUUUGGGAUUGGACUUUAGGCAAAAAUUGUAUUUAUUUUCGUCUGGUGUAAAAUGCUUUCUGUGCUAGGAAAAAGGGGGAAUUGAUGAGAGAUGAUGUAAUACAAGGGCGGCCGACCGGCGUUCGGCGGACAGCAACCUCCAUGUUUCAUCACUCAUCAUCGGACUUAGGUAUUCUAUGAUUCCGUGCGGGAGUAUGCACAUAUCAUCAAGGCUUCUGGGAACAUUGUGGCCAAAACCAAUGGUUGGUGUAUUUUCUUCAUUUUGGGUCAAGGCAUACAACGGACCAUAUUGCAGGCUAUCUAUCUAUCUACCCACCUCUCAACUGUCAGUCAGAUUCUGCUAGGCUUUUUUUUUUAGCCAAGACGAUAUCUAAUUCGUUGUUAACCAAUAUAUAUGAUGUGCAUGAUGAAGAUCUCAUAAUAUCCUGAUUGAUUGGAUAAAUUCUGGCACAUCAGAUGGACAAAAGCUCGAUGUCAACACUUUGAAUCGAUCUCUUAUCUUACAUUCAUCUACUCCAACCAAAGAGCAGUCACCUCAGACGAUCAAGUUGACAGAAAGAGCCAGAUCGCGGUUCGAUCUCCCGUACAUAGUUACCAACCGGACCAUUGCGUAGGCUGUCGAAAACACCUCGUUUGACGCCGACUUGAACUUCUCAAUCUUGCAAUACGACUAUCAUGGAAGAGGUGCAGGCCUCAAGUUAAUGAAAUAUCUGGAAUAUCUAUGCACUGCAUAUAUAGAGAUAUUGAGGCUAUUCAUGCUUCUCCCAACACUGGCAACCGCAUUCGAGAACAAAUGAAACCCGCCGCAACCCAUCCGAGUGCACCCAUUCGCUCAAAUAUGCCCGUCGGGAAAUAUAUCGGUCAUAGGGCUACAAUGAUGAAGCUUCCCAAACGGAGGAGAUCCAGGGGCUCCAACAGCGGUCCAUCAUAUUACCGGCGGAAGAUCUCUCGCCACAUCAACGCCAGCACCAGGAUGCCACACCACAGACAUGCAGGGAAUAAUGAACAUGCCCUUCGCAAUCCAGCCAAAACCGACAAGCUUGUUUUAGCCGUCGUGAAGUUUAUUGCGAGACGUCCCGCCUCCGGGUUGGGUGUGCUCGAGAAGAGGUAUGCUGCCCAAAUACCAGUCCCGCGGGUGGAUACAGUGGCAGUACUGAACAGUGUGCAGGAUGUCCUGGACAUCAAAGGGCUUUCUGAGGCGAGAGAAAAUGAAUGACCUACCAUGCUAUAGGUUUUAGCUGGCCAUCUCUGGGUUUCGGCUUCUUCGUCAAGGUAUAUAUAUACAUAUACACAUAAAUGUUUCACAUUGUCUUCUGAGCGUCUUGAAAGUUUGUAUUACCAAAAAGGGAAACAUAAAAACGUUCGGUUCUAUGUGUCCUUCAAUUUUUUGCGCUCGAACACUAUUGCUCCGACUCGAUUAGGGAGGACCUAAUCCCGCUGUAUUUCCUUCCAUAUUGUACUAGGGUGCCUACGCUCUCUAAAACGAAAGCUGCGUACUGUGGCUCAUGCCUUCAUUUUCAUUUUUUCUUAAAAAAUAAUUGGUCAACGAUUUACCCAGGGAAUGAGACGCGAGGAAGGAUUCAUAGGUUGUUGAAGUCCCAAGCAUCAUUCCGGGCAAAUGAGUGGAGAUAAAGAUAGACGCGUUUUCUUUGCCCGUUGGGAGCGCAUCACAAGCUGUCCUGACUCGAUAAACAUAUUGUCUCAGGAUGUCAUAAAGGAACUUUGAGCAGAAAGCAUUGUCAGGAAAUCGAUCAAGCAAUCACUGUAUUGUAGAAUAUUUCCAUGCCCACCCCUACCUUUAAUAGAUGCUGGCUCGAGUCAAGUACAGAUGUCCGUCUUGAAGGCUUCGUUAAAAAAACGAAAAAGAAAUGGACGCUGCCGGAAUCGAACCGGCGACCCCGUCAAUGCGAAUGACAUAUUAUACCACUAAACCAAGC